AUGUCAGUCCCUCCACAAGUUCAGAAGAUUCUGGACGAUGUCGAUAAGCAGCUUCACGGUGAUGGCCCAGUCAAUAACGUUUUGGCGACGAUUGAGCAGAAAUCCGGAGUUCGAAGACUGCACAUAGUCCUUACGGUAGCUGCCAUGCAAGGUCUUUAUCUAAUCUUCGGUCAUUUCGCUCAGCUUGUUUGCAACUUCAUGGGGUUCAUCUAUCCGGCUUAUGUAAGUAUAAAGGCAAUCGAAACAGCAACGAAAGACGACGACACUCAGUGGCUUACUUAUUGGGUUGUAUUUGCUGUGCUCUCCGUUGCCGAAUUCUUCUCUCACCAAAUUGUUGCCGUGUUCCCGGUAUAUUGGCUCUUCAAGUCUCUAUUCCUUCUGUGGCUCUACCUCCCGUCCACCAUGGGAGCUACUAAGAUCUACCACAAAGCCAUCAAGCCGGUCUUCGUAAAGCACCACGCGUCUGUCGACCAGCGUUUGGGUCACAUUGCUGACAAAGCGAGAGACGCAAUGAAGAAUGCUGCUAACGAUGUCAUCAACACACAUUUGGAAUAA